UGCUGCAGUGCAGUCGGCGGGGCUUGGCGCGUGCAACGCUCGUGUCCUCCGCCGCCGCCGCCGCGUUCUCUGGCCUAACGCACCGUGGCCACGCCAGGGAUGUGAACGCAUCGUUGCUCGCACGUUUACCGACGCCCGCGUCGCUGGCCAGCCCUUCUCCGCCGCAUGAGCAAUGCUGGGAUGGUGUCGCCGUGACGACGGACUAUGGCGACGAGCAGCAGUAGCAGCAGCGCGGACGGGGUCGCCGUGGGAACCAGCAGCGCCAGCAGCAGCUCGAGCCCCGUUGUGCGACAGAUCGACAAGCAGUUCUUGAUCUGCAGCAUCUGCCUGGAGCGCUACAUCAACCCCAAGGUCCUGCCGUGCCUGCACACUUUCUGCGAGAAGUGCCUCCAGAACUACAUCCCAGCCCAGAGCCUGACGCUGUCGUGCCCGGUGUGCCGCCAGACGUCCAUCCUCCCCGAGCGCGGCGUCUCCGCGCUGCAGAACAACUUCUUCAUCACGAACCUCAUGGAGGUGCUGAGCACGCAGGGCGACGGCGCCGCGGGCACGUGCCCCGGCGUGGCCGGCUCCGGCGAGCCCGGCGUCGCGGGCUGCGCCGGGACGGGAGACGGCGCGGCCCCCGGGGCCGGCGGCGGCGUCGGCGGCGGCGUCCCCGGCGGGGUGGUGUGCGUCGUCAUCGGACAGCCGCUCUCCUGCCCCAACCACCAGGGCAAGGUGAUGGAGUUCUACUGCGAGUCGUGCGAGACGGCCGUGUGCCACGACUGCACCAACGCGGAGCACCUGGAGCACCCCUCGGUGCUGCUCAAGGACGUGGUGGAGCAGCACAAGGCGUCCCUGCAGGGCCAGGUGGAGCUCGUGCAGGCCAGGCUGCCGGAGCUCGACUCUGCUGUCAGCAUGGUGUCGGAGAUCGCUAAGCAACUGCUGGCCCAGCGGGACGAGGCGCUCGGGGAGAUCCGCGCCGCCUUCGACGACCUCACCAAGGCCCUGGAGCAGCGCAAGAGCGCGCUCGUCACGGACACGGAGGGCCUCUACACCUCCAAGCAGAAGGUGCUGCAGGCGCAGCUGGACACGCUGGUGCAAGGCCGCGCCAACAUCCGCAGCAGCUGCGACUUCACGGCGCAGGCGCUGAGCCAAGGCGGCGAGACGGAGGUGCUGCUCGUGCGCAAGCAGAUGAGCGAGCGGCUGGCGCAGCUGGCGGAGCAGAGCUUCCCGUUGCACCCGCUGCAGAACGACCACCUGGAGUUCCGCGCCGAGGCCGCCGACCCGCUGCGCCGCUCGCUGCUCAACUUGGGCGCGCUCGUCACCACGCACGCCGUCGCCUGCCAGACCGUCGCCACCGGGGACGCCCUGCGGCAGGCGGUGGUCGGGCAGCCGGCGUGCGUCACCGUCACCACGAAGGACAAGGACGGCGAGCUGGUGCGCUCAGGCUCGGCGGCACUCACCGUGGAGAUCUGCACGCCCGAGGGCAGCGUGGUGGACGGCGAGGUCACCGACAACCGCAACGGCACCUACGAGCUCACGUACACGCUGCCGCGCGACGGCGAGUUCACGCUCGCGCUGCGCCUCUACGACCAGCACAUCCGCGGCAGCCCCUUCCGCCUGCGCGGCCUCAAGCCCAGCGACCUGUCGCCCGGCGCGGGGGACGCGGCGCGCCGCCGGGGCAAGUCGCCGGGCGCCGGCGGGGGAGGUGGCGGCGGCGGAGGAGGCGCGGCGCCGUCGAGCGCUCACGUGCGCCAGCGCGCCCUCAAGCGGCCGUCCAGCAUGUACAGCACCGGGCGGCGGAAGGAGAACCCCAUAGAGGACGACCUCAUCGCGCGCAUCGGGACCAAAGGAAGGAACAAGGGAGAGUUCACGAACCUGCAGGGGGUCGCGACCUCCGGGAACAGCCGCAUCGUCAUUGCCGACAGCAACAACCAGUGUGUGCAGGUGUUCACCAACGACGGGACGUUCAAGUCGCGCUUCGGCGUGCGAGGUCGCUCCCCGGGGCAGCUGCAGCGGCCGACGGGCGUUGCCGUCCACCCCAACGGGGACGUCAUCGUGGCCGACUACGACAACAAGUGGGUCAGCAUCUUCGGCGCCGACGGGAAGUUCAAGAGCAAGCUGGGCGCCGGCAAGCUGCUGGGGCCCAAGGGCGUGGCGGUGGACCGCAACGGGCAUAUCAUCGUGGUGGACAACAAGGCGUGCUGCGUCACGGCCUUCCAGCCGAGCGGCAAACUCGUGACGCGCUUCGGCAGCCGGGGGAACGGGGACAAGCAGUUUGCAGGACCUCACUUUGUCGCAGUAAACAGCAACAACGACAUCAUAGUCACGGAUUUCCACAACCACUCCGUCAAGGUCUUCAACUCAGACGGGGAGUUCCUGCUCAAGUUCGGCUCCAACGGAGAAGGCAACGGGCAGUUCAACGCCCCUACCGGCGUGGCUGUGGACGCCCUGGGCAACAUCAUCGUGGCCGACUGGGGCAACAGUCGGAUACAGGUGUUCGACAGCUCCGGCUCGUUCCUCUCUUACAUCAACACCUCGGCCGACCCACUCUACGGGCCCCAGGGCCUGGCUCUCACCUGCGACGGCCACGUCAUUGUCGCCGACUCGGGCAACCACUGCUUCAAGAUUUACCGAUACCUGCAGUGAACGACGGCCACGGCUCCUCGCUUCCUCCCAGCGCGGCGUCGCGAGCGGUUCUGCCGAUGGCCGGCGGGCGGGCCUCUUCGGUCUCCGGCGUAGAGGGGGGGGCGCGCGUGUGCCGAUCUCUUCUCCGUGUUGCCUGCGGGAUCGGCCGCCGCCCUCGCCGACGAA